UGUUUGGAAUGUUACAGGUUACGAAGACAAGCUGGAGUUGUGUAACUACCACCCAUAACAGUCAGCCUAGUGGGGAGUGGUGCAUAUCACGAGCUAUAAGUGUGGCCAAACAGGACGGUUCAACAUUAGACAGGCACCUGCGGCUGAGAGAUCUAUUGGGAUUGCUUAGGUGAACAUCUGCACUUUUUUCUAUCGAAACAUACAUGCAACAUGGAAUCUAGAACUACUCUGAUCUACAUUUUUACCAUGUGCACAAUUCUUCUUGAAGGCUGGGGGUUGCCUCUAGUGCCCCAGACUGACCCAAGUGACCCAUCUGCAACCCAUAGGGUCAGGAGCAAACGCUGCUCCUGCAACAACCAGCUGGAUUCGGAAUGCCACUAUUUCUGCCAUCUGGACAUCAUCUGGGUGAACACACCAGGUAAGACUACUGUGUAUGGAUUGGGCAGUCCGCUAACUCGCCGGCGCAGGUCUACAGGCCGCUGCUUCUGUGCCAAUCCUGCAGAUCGGACAUGCAAUGUAUUCUGUCACUACAGCUCUGAAAACCAUGCCAUCACGCUGGUGCACCCAUCUGAACCUGUGCCUGAAAAACAGGAACAACCCAAAUCCGAUCAUGUGACUGCCCUAAUUAACUCCGAAAAUGCCAGUCCAGGAGUUCUGGUUUUAGGGAAGUCUUCCUCCCUUGGAGCUCAGUCAAAUGUCAUAACCUUCCUCAGGAAGCUGGUUAGGGCUAGAGCCAAAGCAAUGGGAAAGGCAUCCAAGGCCAGUCAACCUGGCUACAGAUGAAGUCCUUACAUGGGAGAGAUGGAAGUGUGAGCACUUGAACAAAAGUUGACCCUUGUGAAACCAGGGGCAGCAGAACAUGCAUAGGCUGCGAUCUGGAAGUGGUAUUCCUCAAGGACAGUCCUGUGGAAACUGAGCCUCUGUUGCAGGUUUAAGACAGAAUGGCAGAGAUGAAGUUGUGUGCGACGUAAAGGAGAUACUUGUGAGUUAUGGACAAAUCAGACCUGUACAUUGGGAAAGCACAGAUGAGGUUUAGGUGUUAGCAACAGUCCUGUAGUGCAAACAGGACAUUAGCUAAGUGGCUAUGCUAGAGAUACCUGACAGCAUCAUAACUAGUCAAAAACACCACGUUUGAACAGUUUGAGGUAAAAUAGACAAGUGCUAAUGAAAAGUUGGUUGGAAGAGCACAAAUACACAAUCUGACAUAAUGACAACAUUAUCCUCAUGGUGCAGCUGAUGUUAUGGUUAUUUUAAUUUUAGCAGCCAAUAAGCUUUCUGUAGCAAUUGCAGCACAUAUCAGAAACCCUCCACCUUCCCCAGCUCCACCUGUAUAGAUCUGCUGGGGGUUGAUUUCAUGUAUAUUAUAUGUGAGGGUUAUUUCAUAUGUGUUAUAUGUGCAGCAGCAGUAUUUCUUAUAUGCUCACAGCAGCAUUUUUGUGGAUGUACUGGCAGUAGCAAGUCUCUGUACUUUAAACCAAGUAUUACCUGACCUUUAAAGUUGGCUUAGAUAGUAAUGAUAGUAAUACAAUAGUUAUGGAAUGUUUCAGUGAAUAUAGCAUAAGGAUGACCACUUUGUAUGGACUUUGCUCUUGUUUUUCAUAUCAAUCCAGCUUUACAGCAUUAAGUAUUCAAGUGAUGCAGACAGUUGUGUAUAUAUAUUGUUGUGCAAUCUGUAGCUGGAGAACUUUCCUAUUUAUUAG